GCGCCCCUCCUCUGCAGCGCUGACGGUACAACGAUAUAAUAAUGAUGGGUGGUUGAGGCUCGCAUUUGAACUUGCAGGCUCGCUGCCUUUGCCCACUGCUCGGUGCCGGCUCCGCGGCUCGGAGUCAGGUGCUCGCCGGCGGGAGGCGAGCGAAGGAGGGGAGACCGAGCGCCAGGGGAGAGACCCCGGAACCUCCGGCUCCUUCCAGCACUAACGAGGGGAUUUACUCUUUCAUGCGGCCACUGGGAUCUCUGGACUAGCCCAGCCACCACGUUGUGAUUUUUCGCGAUCUCUGCAAUACGCUACCUUUUAAGGUCAAGAUGUUGUUAAGUAUAAAAAGUAUCUUAUGGAUGUACUCUACAAUAGUUGUAACAUAUAUGCUACCUAAAGUUAAAGCAGAAAAAAAAACCCUGGUCAAGGGGUCUCUCUCUGGAACUUCAGUCCUGCCGUGCUUCUUUUCAACCACCCCCACCAUAUCCUCCAGCUACGCCGCCGAGUACCUCCGCAUCAAAUGGUCCAAGGUGGAGCUGGACAAAAGCGGGAAGGACGCCAAGGAAACCACGGUGCUGGUGGCCCAAAAUGGCAACAUCAAGAUAGGGCAGAGCUACAAGGACAGGGUGUCUGUGCCGAGCCACUCCGAGGAGAGCGGGGACGCCUCGCUGACCUUCUCCAGGCUGCGCGCCAGCGACGCCGGCGUCUAUCGCUGCGACGUCAUGUACGGCGUGGAGGACACGCAGGCCAUCAUCUCUCUGGCUGUGGAGGGUGUGGUGUUUCACUACCGGGCUGCCACGAGCAGGUACACCCUGAAUUUCACACAGGCCCACCAGACCUGCCGGGACAAUGGUGCUGUCAUGGCCAGCCCAGAGCAGCUGAAAGCAGCCUAUGAGGAUGGGUUUGAGCAGUGUGAUGCUGGCUGGGUGUCUGACCAGACUGUCAGGUAUCCAAUUAGACAUCCCAGAGUUGGCUGCUUUGGAGAUAAGAUGGGAAAGAAAGGAGUCAGGACGUACGGGCGCCGCUUCCCCAACGAGACUUACGACGUUUACUGCUACGUGGAGCGCAUGGAAGAUGAAGUGGUCCACGUCUCAGCCCCCCAGAAGUUCACCUUCGAGGAGGCUAGGGAGCUGUGCGAGGAGCGAGGAGGCGUCCUGGCUUCCGUGGGGAACCUCUACGUGGCCUGGAGGAACGGCUUCGACCAGUGUGACUACGGGUGGCUGGCGGACGGCAGCGUCCGCUACCCGGCCUCCGUGGCGCGGCCCCAGUGCGGCGGGGGUUUGCUUGGGGUGAGAACCCUGUAUCGCUAUGAGAACCAAACAGGCUUCCCUUACCCCGAUAGCAAGUUUGAUGCCUACUGCUAUGAACCUAAAAAAGUCACAACAGAGCCUCCAACUGUUGAGCCUGUGACAUCCCUGAGAACUGACAGCGUGAGAUCAUCACCUGCUGGAGCUCCUCUCGAACCUCCCAUCUCUGAGACUCCACUUUCUGAAGUGCCUGCCACCCAAACAGUCUCUUUGGAGGAAACAACCCCAGAGUCUGAAGAGGACACAGAAAUGACUACUGAUGUGGCUGAGGAGAAAAGGGAGAUGGAGGUGCUCAAGGAGAACAUCCCCUUAACCACCCUUCUACCUCAGACUGCCACUGAUGGCGAAAUAUUCACUUAUGACACGCUGGGAAGGACUGAGUACGAUGUCUCACCCGGGCUAACAGACACCACCUCCCCAGACUUGGAACUGGAUCACACUUACUCUGAAGCAGAGCUGCCCGAGGAACCAGGUAGGUCUGAAAGCAUUGAGGACGCUUUCUUGACCUCUGUAAUUUUUCAGGAUAGCACAGCUGUAGCUAAGAGUUCCACUGGUUUUUGGGAAGAUGCUGGAGCGGGAGAUGCGCACGAGCGUGAUGCUGAUAAUCAGACUGAGCAAAUAGAAGUGGGUCCUCUGAGGACAGCUACAGAUAGCUUCCUACAGACUUCUCGGAGAGAGGCUGCCAGAACAGGGACUUCAGAUUCAUUGACAAAAGAGAACAGUGCCCACCUCACAAAUGCACCCACAGAAAAACCAAUGGAGGCAAAAUCUGACGAGAAGCUUACAACUGUUGUAAUGCCUAAAGCCUUGCUCACCGAUGAGUCUGCAGAGAGGGAGGGCAGUGAGAGCAUGCACACUGCCGUGCCUGGCACAGAUUUUGGGAUGGCUGCUGGUCCUGCCCCAGGAUCAGAAGUGCCUGCUGCAUCAGAGACACUCCUAGAUGAGCACACAGUGACCACUGGGCGGUUUUCUGCAGUGGAAGAGCCAACACCAUGGGUUAAAUUUAGCUCUGCGACAGCGUUUGACAGCGAGGCCUCAGCUCAAGGGAGCAGAGAGGACCUGGGGGAUGUGCAGCCCACCGUGGCAUCUGGAACACCUGUAUCCUUUUCCGUGUCAGCUGCUGAUCAAACAGAAUCUGAGUCCGUCUCUGGGAGCACAGAUUCCCUGCCAAGCUUUGGAGAAGGCACCCUGUCUCCUAUCCCCUCAUCCCAGCAGACAGAAGCAUCAGCUGUCUUAGAGGAGCAGGAGAAAACUAAACAGCCAGAAAUGAGGACAACAGAUGUGAAGGUGCCUCAUCUCACAUCUGCCAUUCCUCCUUGUGCUACAGCAGAAUCUGAGGGAUGUUCUGCAAGGGAGAAGAUCACACAGGCCCCUCCAGGUUCUGGCACGUGGCUGCCAACAGAUAAAGAGGAGGGGUAUAUGACAGAAGAGUCAUCUCACGCUGGAAGGGUGAUUGAGUUUGCUACAGAGGAUGGCUUCUCUGGGAUGGAGCCUACAUCAUUGCCAGGGCACAUUGUGGAAUCCACAGUGCAUCCAGGAGCUCCAAUUUCAGCAGCUACUGAUGCAGCUGAGACCAGGGAUGAAGAACUGGCUUCAGCUGAUUUUGGUCAGAGUAGAGACACUACAAGUGUUUCCCACACGAGCAGCUCCUUGGAUUUGGAAAUGAGCACAGUAUCCAAAAUACCAGUGGAAGAAAGUAGUGCAACCAUAGGGUCUUUUAGCUCAAGUGUAACUGUAUUGCCAAGUGCUGUGCCCACAGAUGUGGGGGUAACUGAGCAUGAAGGAGAUGAGACAUCAGGGACAGAGGGAGCUAAUAAAUUUACAGAUGUAACAAAGGUAGAUACUGCAGUUCCACAGAAGGAGUAUGAUGCCUCCCUAGUUCCAGUUACUGUAGAGAGUGAGGUCACUAGAGAUAUGCCAAUUACUGAUCAGACUCCUUUUGAUGAUAUCUUUCAUACAGAAGCAACAGAAACAACUGCAAAACAUAGCAAGGUGUUCCCAGAACUCUCCACGCUGGACCAAGGCUUGGAACCAAGAACUGCCACGCUUUCUGUGACAUCUGCCCACACACACGAGCCAGAGAUGUCAGCAGGACCUGAAUGGCCUCGGACAGCAGUUCAGGAGACGCAGGAUGAGACAGGGUCAACUUUUGAUGAGACAUACCCAGCCACAGAGGUACCUGUGACCUUCACAGACCACGGAGGAGUUCUGGAAUCUGAUCAAACCAGCACCUGGUUGCCCCUCACGGUGACUCCGACAGCUGAAACUGCUCCUGAGCAGGAUGGGGAGGUCACUGAGGUGGUGCCCAUCACUGCUGGAACAGAAGCAAAGACACAGCACAGCCCAGGAGCCCCCACCACGGAGGAAGAUGAUGCAGUGAGCUGGGAUUCUGUGCCACCCUCCCGUACGAUGCCAGCAGGACGUUCCACUGUGGAAAGCAUUACUGCCCUGACUCUGGGAGCUUCUCCAAGCCAGGCUACAGAAGGUUCAGGAAUGACUACAGAACCUGAGGAAACCAGGCCAGCUGUGUUUGCAGCCACUGCAACAGAUAAGGCGACGAUUCUCAGCAGCAUGACAACCCCUUCCACUGGCGCUGUCGACAAAAUUCAGCCUACAUCUGCAACCAAACCUUUUGUCACUCAAAAGUCCCCACGCAUCAUUCCCGAGGAAGAAGAGGAGGUAACGAGCCAUGACAUCAUCAUAAUUGAUGAAUCUGUUUCUCCCAGCAAAGCCACUGCCGAGGAUGAUCUGCCAGGAAAGAUGCAGGAGCCAGAAAUCGAUAAGGAAUAUUUCACAGCCUCGACUGCCACGGCAGUGGCACGACCUACUGCUCCACCCCAAGUGAAGGAGGCCACAGAGGCCUUGCAACCCCAGGAGGUGUCUCCUUCCACUUCACACCCUGAUAAUGACAUAAGAUUGUAUGUUAUUCAAAUCACAGGCAAUGACACAGAUCACCCGGUGAAUGAGUUUUUGGAUCUGUUCAAUCGCCACAUGCUUCCUCAUGCCAUAGAUGAAACCCACAUUGAUGCAGAGUCAGCUCAGACUGAGCCCUGUACUUCAGACUCUGUGCAGGAUUCAUCUGAAUAUAUAAUACUGGAUCCUUUCUUUCCACACUAUCCAGAGUUUGAAGAAGAGGAAGACUGUGAAAACACCACUGAUGUUACAACUCCCCCAGCUUUGCAGUUCAUCAAUGGCAAGCAACAAGUUACCAGUGCACCUAAGAGCACUAAAGCUGAGGAAGCCAGGAGUGACCAAAUUGAAAGUGUUGCACAUUCCAAAAACGUUACCUUUUCUCAAAUCAAUGAGACAAACACAUUUAUAAUAAAUGAAUCUGAAGCUUCUGGCACUAUGCAGCCAAGCAAAGCUGGAGAGGUGAUGGGGGCGUUUGAGGUUACACAACCAACUUCAGGGGCUGCAAUGUUAGAGCCAGUCUAUAGUGGAGAGUCUGAAGUUGUUCCAACAGAUAAAUCAAUGGCCAGCACUUCUUCACAGGAGCAGUCUCUGCAAAACAGUAGAGAGACCAUGACGUGGCAGGGAACUGAGGAGAGCUCUACUAAAGACACCAAAAAUGUGCUUUUGAUCUCUAGUGAAUCCUCUGGAGAUGGCUCCACUGAAUCUGAGCUGUCCACUUCAGCAUUAGAAGUCGUGUCAGGGUCAAGAAACCAGGAUGAUGAAAAAAAUUCUGGUAUAACAUCUUCUCCUGAUGCAUUCACUGUGGAAAGUUCUGCUGUAACUGCUUCUCUGGAGGCAGUUUUCAUUCCUGCUACGGUAGACAAAGGUGUAACUGACCUCAUUUCAGAAAAGGCAACCCCUGCUCCAGGAGACCAUUAUAAAACAACUAUUAAACUUAAUGCAAAUCCCCCUGUUGAAAAUAUUCUGGAAACAAGCCAUACAGCAAAGCCUGAGAUGAGUGCUGCCUCUUUGAUGGUUCUGGAAGGCUCUGGAGAUGUGGAAGAUAGCAUCACUGUAACUUCAGCCGUGACAGAGGAAAUAGCAGUAACAGAAACACUUUCAGUGCAAGACAUUUCUUUGGGCUCCAGCACAGCACUGCUGACAGAAUUUUCUGUAACUGAUUCAGGAAUCACCUCUGCUUUGCCCAGAGCUAUAAGUACUCCUUAUUCUGCUUUUGAUCAAAGUCCUGCAGUAACUCUUGCCACCAACUCUGUGUCUGAGCUUAUUACAGAAGAGGUGUUUGCCAGUUCUCUUGUAACAGAAAAGAGUAUUGAUGAUGAAAAGAAAAUACACACCACUGUUUAUUCAGGUCAUCAAAAUUCAGCUACUGCUGCAGAGGAAAAUUUGGAUUUGAAUGAGCUUGGGAGCACUACAAGUGAAGUCAGAACUGUAAGUCAGGAGCCACUCAGAAAAACAGCACCAGGUACCAUAAGUUCUGAAAUCAAAAGGGUCACCACCAUUCCUCUCUUGAGGGGGAAGAAGCUUUUUGUAAAUGAAGGAUCAGCAGAAGAGCCAGCAGACAUAUUUUCAGGGGGUCCCACAAGCAAAGUGGUAAGUAUUGGCUCCCCAUUUAUUGACUCAGGUUCUGGAGACAUAGAUUUUAUCGUUGAGUCUGCUACUUUGACUUCAGUUCCGUUAAGGCCUGUCACUGAAACACAAACAGAAAGGUAUGAAGUUUACAGCACAGAUUAUCCCUCACCAAAGGAUGUGACAACAGAAUAUGAAAAACAUGCAACAACAGAUGAAUCUGCAGUAACAGUUUUGAGUACUGGGUCAGAGAGCUUCACAGAGGGGUCUGGAGUAGAAAGUCAGAUGUCCCUGGAUAUGUUUAGUACCAAAAACCCAGCAGAACCAAACAUGGAAACAAAACCAACCUACACAGCUCCUUCUGACAUAAAAUCUGGUUCGGUAAAAGAGAGAGCAUCUCACAUUGCACCAGGAAUUGAAACUGGAAAUUCAGAAAUGGGUGAGGCCACAUCGCCUCCAGGAUCAGUGGUGGACUUGGUGACACACAGCACUGGAAGUGUAAAAACAAUAGCUGAAUCUACAGAAAGCAAAGAUGCAAAAACUGGCUCUUCAACUGUCUCAUUGGGCAAGAUUUUCCUGAUGGAGCAUGGCUCUGGAGAAGAAUUCAAAGAUGACAGCAUCCUGUCAUUAGACAGCAUUAUGUCUAAUGGACCUGUGGAAGAAAUAUUUGGAGGUCAUUCCUCAGUUACUGACCAGGGAUCUGGAGAACCAGACACAUCCACUGGAUCGUUUGCAGAAACAGCUGCUGGCCCUACUGGGAGACCAGAAACAUGGGAAAAGGAUGAGAGACAAGCUGUCAGCACGUCUCCACUGGAUCAUGCCUUCACUACAGGUCCUGCUGAGCAGGUCACGAGUUCUGAACACGAGGUGACAUCCGUGGGAGCUGCAGGGGACAGGACAACUGAGGAGAAAGCUGUUGAUGAGCUGACAGUGAGAACUUUCUCUACGAAGAUUCCUUUGAUGGAGGAGAUACAUUCUGGGGAAGAGAGGCCAAGUGAAAUCUCACCAAAAGCUACGGAAUCUUCUGAAGAAACAACAACAGUCGUAUUCUUUAAAGGUACACAGACUAGCCAUGAACAGCUGGGAUUUUUAAAUGUUCCAACUUCCCAGGAUGAAAAGGAAUUAGAAACUGAACCUGUUAAAGAAAUACUUUUGCCAUUUAAUGAUGACAGAGUAACUGAGCCAAUUGAAAGAAAAUAUGUAAGCUCUCCAGUCACAGUUACAGAGCAGGAGGAAGAGUUGGUGCAAAACAUUUUCCCUACAAAAGAUAUUCCCAGAACAGUCCUUACACCUAAGGAAGAAAAACUGUCAAAUAAUGAGUUUGUUGGUGAUCCACUGUUUUCAGGACAGGGGUCAGGAGAUGACCUUGCUGCUCUUCCUUCUCUGGUGCCAUUUAUUGUCGAGGAAAUCAAGAGUACCUCAAGCCCUCAGACUUCUCACCCUGAACUUACAGGACCUGAACUUCCCACUGACGUGACACAAGGCUUUGAAAGAGGGAGCACUCCAGCAGAUGUUGAAGUUAGUGAAGAAGUCACAAGUGCUGCAACUGAGCUGCUGCCAGAAACUGGAGACCCAUUCCCCACUCCCAGAAUCCCCAGUUCCUCAGCUUUGGCAGAAGACAGCUCCAAGAGCUUCAUCUCUAAAGAGAUUGAAGACACCACACGCGAUUUUGUUGCAAAUGAAGAACCUCAGGAUAAGGAAACUGAUUAUAGGAGAGGAGAAAACGAAACAGAUAAGACAACACCCACCUCUGAAGCUAUUUAUCAAGAGGAAGAUUCACAUUUUCUGAUUAAAGGUGGCACAACUCCUGUGUCUGUCAUAAUGAGUGGAACUCCCAGUGGUGAAAGAGAGGAAUCUCUUGUAACAUCAACAACAAAAACGCCAGGCAGAGUAUUACCUGAGAGCUCUGGGGAAGGAUCUGGCUGGCUUGGUGUUUCAGAUUCAUCCUCCCCUGAUAUGUUUGCUCAUUUCUCAAUACCCACUGUAUCCAAAGUAGAGCUAAAUGUCUCAUCUAGCAUUCCUGGACUUGUUUAUUCCAAAGGGGUGACCACAGAGGCACCAAGAGAUGGGUCACAGACUGCAAUCACAGGGCUAGCCUCCCUUUUUACAGAAGAAACAGAGGUUGUGUCAAAUCCAUCUUCUCUUCCUCCAAAGACAGCUUCAUCAGAAGAGCUAACAAGUGACACUGGGUUGUAUGAAAAGAUUAUUCCCAUGAUUGAUGACAGAAGAAGUGUUAUCUUGAACGUUUCUGUUUAUGGUGAUAUUACCCUGAUUGAGGAACGGCUGCAAACCCCACCAGAGGAAACAACCAUUAUAGACAUGGAUCACUCAAAAUCAAUGCCUGAGGAGAUAAUAAGUGUGCAGACAAUGCCAAAUCCUGUUACUCAGUCAACAUAUGGCUAUGAUGACAGCACGACAGCUGAAGGGGAGAAAUAUUAUUCCACUCCCAAAUUUUCCAUAGCCAAAGAAAAGACAGUUGGAUCUGGUGAUAAUCUUCCUCUGACUACUUCCAAUCCACCAAGGAGAGAGCUGGUGACUUCUGGGCACAGACCAACCUCAGAUGACAUGGAUCUGGGUUCAGGAAAUGACAUGAAUUUUGCAACAGAGACUCUCACCACCACAGAACCGUCUGAACUGGGCAUUUUCCUUCCUACAGUGCCAUCUCUGGCAAGCCCUCAGGUGCCCCACGAGUCUAAACCUGUUGUGACCAGCCCCACAGAGGACACCUAUGAGCCAAGUACUUCAGCAAACAACCAAGCAAUAGCAGAUCAAAGUGAAACAAUCUCUGGCUUUUCUGGGAUGGGCCAAGAAGAGCUGGCUGAUAAUCAACCUGUGGUUCCUUCUUUUACACCAGUUGUAACUGGUGAGCCAGAAAAGGCUUUGACAACUGGCAAGCUUGAGUUAAGUGUUGUCACCACACAGCCUGCAUCCCAGCUGACAACUGUGUCCCCUACCAAGAGUGCAGGGAAUCGUCCCACAGUGUACACAAACACAAAAUCUGCAGCAGCAGAGUAUGAGGAAACAGAUCCCGUGAGUUUUUACUCUGUUCCUCAAACUCCUAAAUCCUCAGUAACUGUUCAUUUGGUAAAUGGAGUGUCUGAGUACCCUGAGGUAAUCAUCACAAGCACAUCAUCAUCAUCAUCAUCAUCAUCAUCAUCAUCGAGGGAUUCACAUCAGUCCAAUCAUUCAUCAGGAGCAUUCUUCAAAGAGGUUAGCUCUGAUAUCACAGCAACAUACAAACCACCCACUACUGACCUUCUUGACACAACAGAGUCCUCUCUGCUGGAGCUUUCUCCCGAGCCUGUUUCAGACAGCACAAGCAUGGAAAACACUCCUCUCUUUGGUAUCCUUCUAACAGGGGGGACAGAGGGGACAGAAACCCCUGCAACUGAUUUAGCUGGUGAGGAAGAAGCUGCUGUUUCUGGAGAUUCUCCAUCAAUACAUGUCUUGCCUACUGCUUUUCUGAAUUUUGGAGACAGAGCGAGCACAGAUGUUCCAAACGUCAGCACAGCAAAAGUCGAAGCUUCCUCAGGGAGAGUCAAUAAUCCCCACCAAGAGGAAGACAGGAGUACUGAGAGACAGAACCCCUGGCUUGUGCCCACAACUGUUUCAGACUCACCCAACAGCAUCGAAAGUGAAGGGUUUAAACCUGGCCAGGAAGCAGUUACAAUGCUAACCUCACCCUCCCAGCUUUUGGAUGGAGGCACAGAAACACAGCCAGCUUUGUUUGGUCAGGGGGAGGUCACAACCACCCCUUCUAACAUUGCAACCAACAGCAUUGCCCCUGGGAACAGUCCCUACCAAAACCAGCCAUCAACACUGGGCUCUGAGGAGCCAAACACUGUGGAAGCUGUAACUUCAUCGUUUUCCCUUCCUGAGGUCACAAACGGAUCAGAUUUCGUGAUUGGCACCAGUGUGGGUUCAGUUGAAGGCACAGCAGUGCAAAUCCCAGGCCAAGAUCCGUGCAAGAGCAGCCCCUGCCUCAAUGGUGGUACCUGCUACCCACGUGGCUCCUUCUACAUCUGUACCUGUCUGCCAGGUUUCAGCGGGGAGCAGUGUGAAUUAGACAUCGACGAGUGCCAGUCCAACCCGUGCCGGAACGGAGCCACGUGCAUCGAUGGCCUCAACACCUUCACCUGCCUGUGCCUGCCCAGCUACAUCGGGGCUCUCUGUGAGCAAGACACGGAGACCUGUGACUACGGCUGGCACAAGUUCCAGGGGCAGUGCUACAAGUACUUCGCGCACCGGCGCACGUGGGACACGGCGGAGCGGGAGUGCCGCCUGCAGGGAGCUCACCUGACCAGCAUCCUGUCCCACGAGGAGCAGAUCUUCGUCAACCGUAUUGGCCAUGACUACCAGUGGAUUGGCCUCAAUGACAAGAUGUUUGAGCGUGAUUUCCGCUGGACUGAUGGUAGCCCACUGCAAUAUGAGAACUGGAGACCAAACCAGCCAGACAGCUUCUUUUCUGCUGGAGAAGACUGUGUUGUUAUAAUCUGGCAUGAGAAUGGGCAGUGGAAUGAUGUCCCAUGCAAUUAUCACCUUACUUACACCUGCAAGAAAGGAACAGUGGCUUGUGGCCAGCCUCCUGUGGUGGAAAAUGCCAAGACCUUUGGGAAGAUGAAACCUCGUUACGAGAUCAACUCCCUCAUCAGAUACCACUGCAAGGAUGGCUUCAUCCAGCGCCACAUCCCGACCAUCCGCUGCCAGGGCAACGGAAGAUGGGACAUGCCCAAAAUUACUUGCAUGAAUCCCUCCACAUACCAAAGGACUUACUCUAAGAAAUACUACUACAAACACUCCUCAUCAGGCAAGGGGACGUCGUUAAACUCCUCCAAGCACUACCACCGCUGGAUCAGGACGUGGCAGGACUCGAGGCGCUGAGAGCUAAAUGGUGAAUUGGGGAUUUCCACCAUUUCAGCCAAAGUCAUAACUUUCUGUGCCUUUUUCUAUCACUUAUAGAAGUAUUAUCGAAUCGUUUUGAAAACUACGGACUGCAGUAUUCACGGCGCGUUUUUGCAAAAAAAAAAAAAAAAAAAAAGGAAAAAAAAAUUUUAAAAUUACGGUGUUUAUCAGAAAAUUUAAGAAAUAAAUAAAAAAAGAGGAGAAGUGCUUAUGGGGAUAAAAGGAAACCAUUUCCAGCCUAUAAAGAUUAUUAGUUUUCUAUAUGCCAUCGGUGUGGACCAUUUUAUGAUAUGUACCAGCCUUCUGCAAUAUUUAAACAGCUCAAUCUUAGCACCAAUGAAAAUGUAAAUAAGAUGAUUUUAAUGUUGUUUGACUGUGUGUUGUUUUUAAAAUCCUGUAUAUAAAAUGAAAAGUCACACUAAUUUCAGGCAUAUUUAUGGUUAGAACGGCCUCAGAGGUCUUCAGUCAUUUAUGACAUUGUUUCUGUGUUGUUUACCUAGGCUGGAAAUGGUUGAAAUAAAGACUUCACUGACUGAAAUUUGCAAUUAUCAGGUGAAGAUAAACACACAAGUGACAUGAUUUUAUUUUUUUUUUUAAUUUUUUUUUUUAUUGUUAUUUUUAAGUGGGAGCUGUGCCAAUUCCUACCCAAGGUACAGUUUGUGUCCCAUGAGAUGAAAAGUUUAGACAGAGCACAUAAAAGUGGCACGGAGCAUGAACUAGGGACUGCAAUAUGGAACCUUUUUUCUGCUCUCCAUUCCAGCUUCAGCACACGUGAGAAAGGACUGCGUGGAGGAGUUGUGUAUGACAAGGAGAGCCUGUAAAAUUCCAAGUGCUAAUACAUUAAGGGCCACUUUUUUUUUUUUUUUUUUUUUUUUUUUUU